CUUAUUCUUCGUCCUCCUCCUCACAAACCCCUGAGAUCGAUCUAUUUCCUAGCAUCACUUCGACCGCAAUCCCUCCAACCGAUCCAUCCGUCUAUACUUCGAGUCUAUCGCAAAUCUACCCGCAAAUAUGGCGACCAAGGAUUCUCAACCCUCAAACGCGGGGAAUAUGCAGCGUUUCAGAGAACUCGACCAGAAGGGACAGACCAGCCAACACUUACUGACUCACGAUGAUUGCGAACAGUUAUGGCUGAGGUAUACAACCCAGACAAAUUAUGACUUACACAUGGUUAACUCGAAUCAGUACAUCUGGAUCGAUUCCGAAGGUGGUAACCGAUCCAAGUCUCGAACUCUGCAAGCCAAGGCAGGCGGCUACAAGCCGGAUGACCUCCCCACAUGGAACUUCGACGGAAGCUCCACAGGACAAGCCCCAGGCGACAACAGUGAUGUCUACCUGAAGCCUGUGGCUGUAUUCCCGGAUCCGUUUCGCCCUGGAGGAGACAACAUCCUUGUCCUCUCGGAAUGCUUGAACGCGGAUGGGGCACCUAACAAAUACAACCACAGGCACGAAUGUGCCAAGCUAAUGGAGCAGCACGCUGACCAUGAGUACACCCUCCUCGAUAUGAAUGGCUGGCCAUACGGGUACGUGAUUAUCCUGACUUUACUCCCGAGGCCCGCCAACGGUUUCCCUGCUCCCCAGGGACCGUAUUACUGCGGUGUUGGUGCUGGCAAGGUCAAAUGCUGCCUCUAUGCUGGCAUCAAAAUCAGCGGGACCAACGCCGAGGUCAUGCCUGCCCAAUGGGAAUUCCAAGUUGGUCCUUGUGAAGGAAUCGAAAUGGGGGAUCAUCUCUGGGUUGCUCGUUUCCUCCUCUACCGCGUCGCAGAAGAAUUUGGCGCGAAGGUCAGCUUCGACCCUAAGCCGAUACCGGGCGAAUGGAAUGGCGCCGGCCUGCACAGCAACUUCAGCACGAAAGAAAUGCGCCUCGAGGGUGGCAUGAAGCACAUCGAGGCUGCUAUCAAGAAGCUCGAGGGCCUGUACGGUGAGGGUAACGAGAAGCGCCUGACGGGUCGUCAUGAAACCGGUGCCAUUGAUCAGUUCUCCUAUGGUGUCGCCAACCGCGGCGCGUCCAUCCGCAUACCGAGGGAGUGCGCGACCAAGGGAUACGGAUAUUUCGAGGACCGACGAAUAGGCAUCAUCAUGGAGACUUGUCUAGGCUCGGUCGAGAAAUGAGCGAGGUGUUCAGUGAGGUUGGGAUUGUGACGGUCGUUUUGUUUUCAUCACCUUCAUCAUCAUGGAGACAUGCUUUGACAUGGUUCCGGAGUAGAAUAGUUUGUGCGAUGGUAUUUGUUUGUGCGGUUAUGGGAUUCCCUGUCAAAUAGAGCUAGCUACGACGGAUUGCUCGUUGCUGAAAUAAGAUACGCAAGUCACGGGUGUCUUUCUUUACUACCCCGUGUUCCCUUCACAAGAUACUCAAAAAU